CAAACAGUGAGUUGUCAUUUGCAAGUGGGGAGGAUAACCUGGAUUUCAAACGAAUUUAAUUACAGUAAUUUGCUAUUUAUAAGUGUUAGAAUGUCGUAUAGAGAUCUAAGAAAUUUCAGCGAAGCCAUGCGCGCUCUCGGCUACCCCCGCCAGAUCAACAUGGAGAGUUUCCGUACCCCUAACUGGGAGGCUGUUGAGGAGUGCACUCGCUGGCUGGCGGGCAGGGUUGAACCCGAUGUAGAGCUACGUGGGGGCCGCGCCGACGCCGAGCAACGGGUCGCGCUCGUCACACAUGCGAUAGCACUUUUCCAUUCCCGAGCGAACUUAAAGUUGAAUGGCAAGCGCCUGUACGGUGCUGACGGCUGGGCGGUGCGCGAGCUGCUCAAAGUGGCGUCUCUGCUCCGCAACGCCUUGCAGGCACCACCACCCGACGAACAGCGCCCUGACGUACCCUUGACUUAUGACGUCACGAGUCGGCUGGGCGAAAUUAAACAAGCAAGAGCCCUAGCAACUGACAUCACAGCUCAGGGAUCGUUUCUAUUCGACCUGCUUGGUAAAGAAGCAGAACGUAAAGAGCAACGUGAACAGGCCCUCGCUCGUCCGCUGGACAUGUCGGCCAUGGAAGCAUGUCUGCGCCGUGCAGUGGAGACAGCGGCAGCACGCGUGACCGACGCGCGCGAACGCAUAGACAAUGUGGCGGCCUCCGAAGCAGCGCUGGACGCGAAACUGGAGCGCAGGCGAGCGGAGCUACAACGCGCCGAGAAGCGCCUGCUUACCGUGCAGAAGAUUAAGCCAGCAUACCAGGGCGAGUUGACAGCUCUGGAGACCGAGAUCGAGCAACUAUGGGACCAGUACGUGUUGCGCUACCGCUGCGUUGAGGCGCUCAAACACCAGCUGAGCGUGCUGGAGACCGCUCAAGCUGAGGCGGCCGCAGAGCAGCAGGCGGCUAUUAUGCAGCUCAUACAUAAAUACGAAGCAGAAGAUGUGCUGGGGAAACUUAGCGAAUCAGAUGAGCUGGACUCAAGCGACGACGCUAAAGAGUUUGAAGCGAAGCAGCCACGGCCGGCCACGAGACCCAAGACACGUCUGCGUAUCAAAACUGCAGGUACGGGUGCCGCGGAGGCUCGGCGGGCGUUCGGCAACAUGGCGGGCCGCGACUCGCUCGACGACGUACGGGAUGAGGACGACUCGCGGUCAGACUCCGAUUCGGACCGCGCGCUCUACGGUCACGACGAGCCGGCGUCGCGCUGGUCGCGCCCGCGCCCCGCCACGCGCACCAUUGCCGCCGAAGACGAUGAUUUCGCUGAUCUCAUUGAAGGAGUUGACGGCGGCGAGGGUGGGUCGCUCAGCAGUUCCUCCGAGAGCGAGCUGCGACUGGCAAGCGCGCGGCCCAGCGCUGCACCCGGCCGCGCUUCCGUGCUUAGCGACAAUGAAUUUUGAACUCUAA